AUGAGAGCUUUGCUCAAAUCGCUGCGAUAUCAGCCUUGGAAGCUGAAUCGUCCAUGUUCUUCAACCACUACCCGCCGCAGCACGUCAACCUCUCGUAUUGCUUAUGACUAUGUUGACCAAGUGGAAGAACUGACUUGGUAUGAGCCUGGUGGCUAUCACCCUGUUGGUAUUGGAGACCAUUUUCGCCAUCGAUAUCGCAUAGUGCACAAGCUAGGCCACGGGGCGUGUUCCACGAUAUGGCUGGCACAGGAUCUGCAGCGAAUGAAAUAUGUCUCCCUCAAGAUAGCCAUUGCCGAUUGGGAAACCAGCGAAGCAGAUAUUCUCUCUCGUCUAGCAAAUUCCACCAAAAAGCUUCCAUCUACCUUGAUUCCGUCCCUCAUUGAGUGCUUCAGUUUCGAGGGACCGAAUGGAAAACAUCAAUGCCUUGUUACCGAAGUGGCCAGAUGCAGUUUGGCAGCAAGUAAAGAAGCGUCUUCGAUCCGUCUCUUUCCGCUACAAGUUGCCCGUGUUCUUGCUGCACAGCUUACCAUUGCUGUCCACCAAAUUCAUCUUCAGGGCUACGUCCACGGUGAUCUUCACCUGGGAAACAUCCUCCUCAAGCUCCCAUGUGGCUUUAACAAACUCUCUGAAGAACAAUUAUAUUGCCAGUUUGGUCAGCCAGAUCCUCGGCCUGUAGUUCGACAAGAUGGAGAGCCACUUCCAUCUAAGGUUCCUACCCAUGUCUACGAAGCCAUAUGGAUGGGGAAGCCGACGGAGGAUUUAACCCUCCAGGAUGCAAACCUUAUGCUGACAGAUUUUGGCGUGGCGUUUCGCCCAUCACAAGAAGUGAGAUUAAAGUCACACACCCCAAUUGAUAUUCGCCCCCCCGAGACUCGAUUUGAGCCGAGGACGCCUCUAACAUAUUCCUCGGAUAUCUGGAGCCUUGCUUGUACCAUUUGGAAUUUCCUAGCCCAACGACCCAUGUUUGGCGAAAUACUAGCGACUCCUGACAUGAUCACAAGUCAGCAAGUAAACGCUCUAGGCCCGCUUCCAAGAGAUUGGUGGGAUAGGUGGGACAAGAAAUUGGACUUCUUCACAGAAGACGGCACGCCAAUUGAAUGCCUCCGCAGCCCAUCAUGGGAUCGCUAUUUCGAGGAGGACAUACAAGAGCCAAGACGAGAACGUAUAAUGGGCGUGUUAGAUGCUGAGGAGGCCAAGGCAUUUACUGCCAUGCUACGAUCAAUGUUGGCAUACAAACCUGCUGAUCGGCUCACAGCUAAACAAGUAUUACAAACAGAGUGGAUGGAAACAUAUGCUCUUCCAGACUAUGAGAGGAGCUUGGCAGCAGGAAGCAGCUCCGCCCGGAUAUAG